AUGAGCAUCAAGGAGAUUCAAAGUGCUGACGAAUUCCAACAAUUGAUUGGUCAAACAUCCAACGAGAAGCUGGUCGUCGUUGACUUUUACGCUACCUGGUGCGGCCCUUGUCGUAUGGUAGCUCCCUUUUUUGCACAACUCGCCAGCAAGUAUAAGAAUGUUCAGUUUGCAAAGGUGGAUGUGGAUCGUUUAAGGGAAGUUUCUGGUGCAUGUGGUGUCACAUCCAUGCCCACUUUCCAAUUUUUCAAAUCAGGCCAAAAGGUGGCAGAGCUCAAGGGUGCUAGCGCUGGACAAAUUGAACAAUUGGUGAAGAAGCAUCAAGGAGAUGGUAACAGUGCUGGAGGAAGCAGCAGUGGUAGUGGAAAGAACAAUUAUGGCAUUCCUGGACAUGGUGACCUCACUGAUGUUAUUACUGGAAACCAAAUCGAUGCAUUGAAUCAGCAAGAAGAACACAACAUCAAGAACGUCUUCAAAUCCGAUGAUACAUACUUGGAGAGUGACGUAGAUGAGCAGCUUAUUAUCAGCGUACCAUUCAACCAGCCUGUCAAGAUCCACUCUAUCAAGUUCAAGGCAAAGAAUGUUGCUCAGGCACCCAAGACGGUCAAGAUCUAUGCAAACCGACAAACGUUGGGCUUUGAUGAUGCAGACUCUAUCAAGGAGACACAAACGUUGGAGUUAGAACCUAAGGAUUUUGAAGAUGAUGCAGUGGUCAAUCUACGAUUUGUCAAGUUCCAAAACAUCACUAGCCUUGUGUUGUUUGUCGUCGACAAUCAAGAAGACGAGGAAACUACUCAAGUUCAGCAGCUCAUCUUUAUUGGCUCCCCCAUUGAAGCUACCAACAUGAGCAAUUUGACGAAAGGAGAUGAUGAGUAG